GAUGCCAGGAUCCUGGACAACAGCCGCUCUGGAGCUUCCUGGUUCCCUGCAGGCUGGGUGCAGAACAGGUGUCUGGGGAGACGGGAACCCCUCUGCCCCAGAUACAGGAAAGAUCAUGGAGCCGAGCUGCUCCCCUCUUCUGGAUGUCCUCUUCGAAGGCCAGGAUGAAAAUGUCUCCACCACCGAUCCCAAACUCAGCUGCCCGCUUCAAGACCACGCUUACGGAUGCGCCUACGAGACCUGGCCGGCCGGCAUGGUGCAGGACCCAGACGAUGGUGGCGCCGAGGAUUUCUUGCAGUUGUUGAUCCACCCCCCGGACCUCUACGAUUCACAGGGUCCGACUGCCUCUCCCAAGAGUGACAGCGGGAUCUCUGAGGAUCCUUGUGCUGACACACCGCUGCCCCACGAAUCGGGGGCCCCAGAUCCAUCCCCCACCGUCAUCUAUGAAGUGAUCUGUGACAUGGGCUUUGUGAAGGAAGCCGAAACACUAGAGCCGGCCUUCUCAAGCCCCCUUGAGAACUGGCCACCCCAAACCAUGCUCCCCGAAACCUGUGUUAUGAACGAACUGUCUCCCAGCCUCUCCGAGAACGGAGCCCACGCCGUGGAAAUCCCCAGAGACCAGGAUGCAUCGGAGCAGCUGCACCUGACGGGCUUCUACCUGACAGAUGAGGAGAAGCGGCUCCUGAGCCAAGAGGGCGUCUCGCUGUGCAGUGGCCUGCCCCUCACGAAGGUGGAGGAAAGGAUCCUGAAGAAAGUUCGGAGGAAAAUCCGGAACAAACAAUCUGCUCAGGACAGCCGCCGACGCAAGAAAGAGUACAUCGAUGGGCUGGAGAGCCGGGUGGCUGCAUGUUCGGCUCAAAACCAGGAGCUGAGGAAGAAAGUCCAUGAACUGGAAGUACACCACGUAUCGCUUCUGGACCAGCUGCAAAGUCUUCAGAAACUCAUCAAACAGACCUCCACCAAGGCCGUCCAGACCAGCUCCUGCCUCUUGAUCCUCGUCGUCUCCCUCGGGCUCUUCAUCCUGCCGAGUUGUACCUCCCUGCUGGGCGGGAGCCGGAUCCACCAGGAGGGCUACCAACCCUCUAGAGUGAUUUCUCGGAACAUCCUGAACCAAGGGGGCCUUUCCGAUCCGGAGGAGCCCAGCCCGGCCCCUGGCGACCCCGAACGGCCCGUCCUUCAGACGGAGCUGCGCCAGGAGGGCCUUGGCUCGGGUGACAGGAAGCCCUCGGUCCUCGGAGAACGGGGCCUCAGGAACGCCACCGCCCCGGAGGGGCCGAAGGCAUCCCAGACGGAACCGAAGGAAGGGCGGGCGGCCUUCCCGGACGAGGCCGAACGGGACAGAGACCCAGGAAAACAAAGCCACGCGGAUGAGAUGUAGCGACCUGGAUCGAGGGGGAGAUCCUCGACCGACGAGGACCGUUUGCCCCAGAUGGCCUGAUUUUUCCAAGGCCGAUCCACGUCGCAAAGCAUCUCUAAGAAAGGACUGGAAUUCUGGGGUGUCUUGAUUUUCAUGGGAAGCUGGAAGGGGGACCCUCUGGAUCAUCCGAGUCCACCCCUUGUCAAGGAGGCCCAGCGAGGAAUCGAACUCCCAACCGGAGGUGCGUCCUUGACAGGGGCUGGACUUGAACUCACAACGGCCUGGUGUAGAGGCUGGGCAUCAAACCUACAGUUUGGCUGCCAUAUGCUUACCCCUCUGUCUCUGCUGUCCGAGGACAGAGCCUCCGAGCCUCCCUCGAAGGGGUGUAAGGAAGGCUUCGUCUUCCUCCCGCCUCGAUCUGAUGAGGGCUUUUUGAGAUUUCUCGCCUUCGAGAGAGCCACGCGCCUCGGCUUCUCCCGCAUUCGCUCCUGGCCAGGCCCAGCCCUCAAAGAUGAUGUCGACCCAGCGUUUGGGAAAAAUCUGGAUCAUUACCCUCCAGAACACCUGACCGUUGCUGUCCUCCCCCCCAAAAAAAGUUACUAUUUUCCAUGCUCUACCUCAAUGGCAAUGUUCUCGAUUCAAGCAUGUUUUAAAUAAAUAGUCAAUAAAUGCAGCCAA